AUUUCUCUUCUUUGCUGCCGCCCCCGACCUUCCCCGCACGUGCGCCGCCACGGCGUCGCCCAUGCCGCCACGGUGCCGCCCCUGCAGCUCCCCACUAACACGAGGCCACUAUGAGGGUCCCCAUGCCCCGAUCUCCUCCUCGCCUGGCCCGCUCGCGCCCCGUGCUUCUUCCGAGGACGUCCUCCAUGGGCUUUCUCACGGCGCGUGCUCUGGAGACGGCAUCCCUCUGCUCUUCUCCUCACCGUUGUGGACCUCCGUGGGCGCAGAACAUAGGGAGGAGGCCCAUCUUGCCGAGUUCCAUAGGCCGGCCAUGGUGGCUGCCUCACCAGCAGCACCUCUGGCCAUCGGCGCACCGACACCACCUCGAACAGCUGAGUAAGGAGGACGAGGAUGGCACGCCACAAGGCCGCAGCCUGCUCCCUACAGCGUUGGUGCGCGUCUGUGCUCCGGAUCUUGGUGCGCCUCUACCAACAAACGCUGGAGCUCAACCCGCUCCGAAAUCAGAUCUGAUACAUCCGUCAGAUCUGCAAAGUGGUCAAGGCCAUGCUUCUCCUCUUUCAGGUGUGACCCCAAGUUGCGGCAUAACUCACUACCCAAGUUGGUAGGUUCUGGAUGGGCGACUCCGGGGCGGGCGACGCCACGGCGGCGGCCUUGCCGAUUCUCACUGGUAGGUUCUGGAGUUUGGACUCUGGGGAAGAUGACGAUGCCGAUCUAGCCUCUUCCCCUCGUUCCACCUCGCCGGGAGACUUUCUGAGAUCGCCUUCGGAGAGGGUUCUCAAGCUUUCAUCAAGGUAUGUCAAGAGGCUCAACAAUCGGAUCAUGCAGAGGCGUGCAGCCUUGGAUUUGGCAGUUAAACUUGAUCUUGGUUCUUCCUGUUCGUCGGGUUUUGCGCGACCAAAGCUUAAUGGCUCGCCGCCGGCGACCGUUCUAAAAUUUCCUGUCCUAGAGCCGACAGUGUUCUUCCUUCAGGACUUUAACGCUACUGAAUGGACUAGAGUGGAACGGAAGAAAGUUUUUCGCCGUGCUUGUGCUGACAGGAGUGAUCAUAGGCCUGGCUUAGAACGCCGGCGAUCACCGGGGAGGCGUGACGGCUUGCCGUUGAGCCGAUCCAGAUCUCGACGUUUUCAAAAUCGUGGGUCAACGGGCCAAAGGGCUAAACACCCAGUUUCUUCUUGGAUCACACGAAAUAGCCCACAGUUUGGGCCUGCAAGACGAGUUAACUUACAACAAGGGCUGCCAGCGCCAGUUCCUCGUUGUACCCCUGUGUUUGCUGCCUCUUCUCGUCCUCUGGCGGCUAGGGCUGCUGGGAAGAUGGCGUCACGUGAGCCGCCUCCGAACUCUGGCGCGCCGAGGUCUAAUCCUCCUCUCCGUCAACAUGUACUCCCCGGCCGUACUCCCGUGCGUCCAGAUGGCCGUGGGGAUGGAGGCUUUGGUGGGCGUGUGGAUGGAGGUGCUGUGGCUGUUGGGGAUCUUCAGAACAAUGGCUUUCUAGGGCAUGGCGAUCAGCAGUCGCGACGCCCGCAGCGGCCAGUGAACAGUUCUGGACAGGGUUUCAGUUCAAGUCAGAGUGGAAACGGUGCUGAACAUGACGAGGGUUUUAGGGGGCAAGGUUUUGAUGCAUAUGAAUCAGGAUAUUUCGAAGGAAAUAAUGGCUAUGGCAAUGGCUAUGGAUCAAUGGACAGAGGUAAUUACAGACAACGCCCUUACCGUCCUUUUUAUGCUGGUAAUAGGGCUCGCUAUAACAAUUAUAGAGGGGGCAAUGGGAGAUUCAAUGGUUAUAACAAUAAUAGAUACCAGAGAGUGUUCAAUACAGCAGAAAAUUUUAGAACAGAUGCAACGACUCAGGCUCAAACCAAGGGUGAUGCCUAUGUCGCUUCUAUCAGGGAAGGUGGUGAUGCAUCCAUGUCUGUUCAGAAUAUGGAAACGUCCUCGGUUGAGAGCUUGUCGGCGCGUGCUCAGAAAAAAAUUGACAAGAGGCUAUGUUUGAGAUGUGGGGAGAAUGGUCAUCUAGCUGAAUCCUGUACUGCUAUUUUAUGCUUAUACUGUGAGAAGACAUCCCAUGAUUCGAUCAACUGUCCACUUCAUGCCAUGCCAAAGCCUGUUGCUAUUACUUAUGGGGUAAGUCGAAAUGAGCUCAUGUUUCAUGAAAUUCCAGCUUCAUCAGAGGUGACUUUUAGACAUGAUAGUGGCAAGGUUGGAAAGAUUUCGGUCUCUGGUGGAGUUCUGUCUGCACAAGAAAUAGUGAAAGAACUAGAGUGGAUAAUUCCGGGUAAUCAUCAGUGGGAUCUAGUGAAUACUGAUGAUGGUGCUUUUAAAGUCACUUUUCCAUCUAAAGCUGAUAUGGCAAGGAUGACAAAAAUCAUAAAUGUGCCGGUUCCUGGAACAACCAUGUUUUUAGUCUUUGAAGAAUGGUCUGCGGCUGAUCUUGAUCCUUUUUUCCUUACCCAAGUUUGGGUGAGAGUCCAAGGGUGUUGUUACAAGGAGAGAUGCGAUUACUUGUCCCUUUUUGGUGUCGGAUCAUUGAUUGGUAAAACAAAAGAAGUUGACAUGGCUUUUACCAGAACCCAUUCUGAGGCCCGUAUGUUGGUUGAAGUUACUAGAGCUGAGUUCAUUCCAACCACCACAAUUGAUCAUACAUAUGAUGGGAAGGGGUAUGGUCUGAUUUUUAAAGUUGAAGAACAAAAAGGUAAAGGAAAAUUAGAUGUGGAUAUGCAGGAGGCCAGUCCGGAGGAUGAACCCAAGGAGUCAGAUGGCAAGGAUGAUGAUUUGCCAAAACAAGAUAAGCCUCCUAAUUCACCUCCCGCGCCCGGACAGCCAAAGAACCCAUUUGUUUCUAAUUCAUCAAAACCGAGUACUAAUUCAAAUAAUCAGACUCAGGCGUAUUCGAUGCCAAAUUUAAAAGUGGGUUCUAUAACAUGUCCGAGUCCAGUUCACUCUGAAGUGGGGUUUUGGUCGCAAGGAAAGAAAGUUGCACCUCGUCGUCUCUGGGGCGAUUGCAGUUCUGAAGAUGAUGAUGAUCUCCCGUCUCCGCUACCUCGCCUAAUAUCGGAUGUCGAUGUUUCGGUUGGGGAGCCACUGGGAGUUCCUACCGUGACAGGGAAAACAGAGGUUUUCUCUGCCACAGAACAGUCGGCUGUUGCUGCCUCCAUUGAUGAUAAAACUAUGGAGGAUACAACUGAGAAGUUUCCGGGUCUUGUCUUGGAUGCUCAUGGCCUGGGAGGCCGGGGGGUGGUUCAUCCUCAUUUGGAUGCCUCAGGGAAGGUGAUUGGGGCGUCCGAUAGUAGUGUACGUGCUUGCAAUAAAGAAAAUCUCGAACCAACCUUGGUUUCUACUAUGGCACAAAAGGGUGCUCAUGAAGAUGGGUUGGUGGGGAAUACUUUUUCAUCCCCGGUUAUGUCUCCAAAGUAUACUAGUGUUAUGCUUAAUGGCGGAACAAAUGUUAACGCCGCGGGUACAGGAGUUUACCUUGGAGGGCGAUAUUCCAGGGAGGAAAUUGUUGCUUUUGGUGGUAUUUCAGAGAAGGAGAUGGCAAUCUGAUCGAGUGCAAGAAUUCGUUCUCAACCAAAUGCUGAUGUUCCGCAGAUGGAGCGUGCUCAGAAAUUAACCCAAGCAAAAAAUGAGGUUUCUGGUUCAGGUUAUUCCUUUGGCUACCCAUUGGAUCCAUAUGUGGUCCUAUCUGCGCCCAGAGGAGGAGCGCCUUGCCAUGGAUAUUGGGUGCAACCGACUGGCAACGGUAGCACGGGAUUUUUACAGCCGGUGCGGUUGGCGUGCUGAUCGAAGACUAACAUGAUGAUGCAAAGGCGUUUCAUGCUAGUGGUUUUUAGAUGGCUUGUUUUUGUAGCAACUUUGGGUGAUCCAUGAGCUGUAAUAAGUUUUGAGUUUUUUUAUUUUGCUACUUGUAAUAACCGGAUUCGUUUUAAUAAAGAAAGCCGCAUGCAUCAAUUGAUGCAGAGGCUGGGAUACCCCAUUUCGAAAAAAAAAUCUUAAA